AUGAUGAUCCACGAAAUCACGCCCAUGGUCGGCAAGUACAAGGCCCGCAAACGCGUCGGUCGCGGUCGCGGCUCCGGCGUCGGCAAGACCUCCGGUCGCGGCCACAAGGGCGCCCGCUCCCGCUCCGGCUUCUCCGCCCGGAUCCAGUUCGAGGGCGGCCAGACGCCGUAUUUCCGCCGCAUCAAGAAGACCGGCUUCACCAACGCCAACUUCACCACGAAGUUCUGGACUGUGAACCUCGGCGCGAUCCUCGACCUCGAGCAGUUCGCCAAGGGCGGCGACGUCGACCAGCAGACCCUCGUCGACGCCGGGCUCAUCCGCGACAUGUCGCGCCCGAUGAAGAUCCUCGGCUCCCUCGGCGAGCACGCCGAGAAGGGCGUCCAGGUCAAGCUCAACAUCACCGCGGCCCGCGUCACCGAUUCCGUCCGCGAGAAGGUCACCGCCGCCGGCGGAUCCGUCAACGAGACCGGCACCCGUCGCGACAACAUCCGCGGCGUCGACCGCAACUCCGACGACCGCACGCCCAAGAACCUCGGCAAGAAGCUCAAGCGCGGCGGCGCCAAGGGCAAGAAGAAGCCCAUGCUCCAGGCGAUCAUCAACAUCUUCCGGAUCCCCGAGCUGCGCAACAAGCUGCUCUUCACCGUCGCCAUGCUCGGCGUCUACCGCAUCGGCUUCUGGAUCCCCGUCCCGGGCGUCGACCAGCAGCUCCUCAAGGACUUCUUCCAGGCCCAGACCGACUCCGGCGGCGCCUUCGGACGCGUCGCGCAGUUCGUCUCCGUCUUCUCCGGCGGCAGCUUCGGGCAAUCCACCAUCUUCGGCCUGGGCAUCAUGCCCUACAUCAGCGCCGCGAUCAUCUUCCAGCUCCUCGGUUCCGCCUACGAGCCCCUCAAAAAGCUGCAGCAGGAGGGCCCCUCCGGUCGCCAGAAGAUCCAGGAGUGGACCCGAUACGCCACCGUCGGCCUCUGCGUCGUCCAGGCCAUCGGCUGGAUGAGCUUCCUGACCCGGUCCAACCUCGUCUACCCCGAGUGGGCCAACAACCCGCUCUGGUGGGUCAUGGCCAUCACCUCCAUGACCGCCGGCACCAUCUUCCUCAUGUGGCUCGGCGAGCAGAUCGACAAGUACGGCAUCGGCAACGGC